AUGAUUUGGUUUAAUGGGUCCAUACCGGACGCCAUUAAUUUGGCUAAACAGAAGAGUUUUGUCUUCGUCAUCGUCAUUAUAGGUGAAGAUGAGCAGUCGUCAAACCUGAUGUCCAGCUGGGAAGAUGACAUUGUCUUGGAGAUAGCUCAAAAAAGUUGUGUGGCAAUAAAAGUUGACGCAAACAGUGACACCUGUUUGCAGUUCUCACAGAUCUAUCCAGUGGUCUGCAUUCCCUCAAGUUUUUUUAUUGGGGAAAAUGGUAUUCCUUUGGAGGUCAUUGCUGGGAGUGUAACUGCCACAGAACUGCGACUUAGAAUCGAAAAAGUACAACAGAUGCAUGCACAAAAAAAUGGCACUGGCAUGGUAUCACAGGAAACAACUGCCACUAUGACGGCCAGCCCAACACAACCUACCAUGAAUGCACACUCAGCUCCUGCAGUGUCCACAGAUGAGUUCAGGAGGCCCUCAGCAGUGGAGGACUUGGCACCUAGAGAGGCUACUGAAGAAGCUACGUGUGGCCCAUCAACUAUGACUACUACUGCAGCAGGUGGAUAUCCAGAUCCCACAAGUUCACGUUUGAGUGAAGAAAACGUGGAUGUACAAAGAAUUAACAUGAACAUGGAUGACAUACAUCAGCAAAAGAUGACAUUGGAAGAGGAGAAUCAGAUCAGAAAGCCAAUGAAAAAGCAAAAGAAUAUGCUUGACCUUAAGAGGGAAGAGAAUACAAAGCGACUACUGGAAGAGAGGAAGCAAGAAAGGGAGUUUGAUCAGGCUGCAAGGGAGAGAGUCAAACAACAAAUUGCUAUGGAUCGAGCUGAAAGAGCAGCCCGUUAUUCCAAAUCUCUUGAGGAGGCGCAGCAAGUAACACAGGCCAAACAGACAGAGAUUGAUGCAAAAAAGGAUACUGUUGUGAGACAAAGGAGUACCAUCACAAGGCUGCAGUUUCGCCUCCCGGAUGGUUCAUCAUUCACAAACCAGUUCUCCUCACAGAGCACACUUCAGGAAGCUCAUCAGUUUGUUAGUCAGGAAGUUGGAAACCGGUAUGGCAACUUUUCCAUGGCCACCAUGUUCCCGAGAAGAGAAUUUACCAAUGAAGACCUGAAUAGGACUUUCUUGGAGCUGGAACUUGCUCCUAGUUCAUCUAUUGUUAUUCUGCCUUGCGGCAGACCUUCUACGGUUGUUCCAUCUCCUAGUGGUGGGACGUGGGGUGUCCUGAGCACUUUGUUCUACCCUGUUCUCACCAUAUGGCGAUUCCUCAUGUCCUUCCUGUUUCCAACCCCACCACAAGAAACAUCAAGGAGUUCUUCUCCCCCGUCUCAGUCUCACACCAAUUCAGCAACACCCUCUGAUAAACCAAAACGGGAAUCUCUUUCUACACCUUUGGAAAAGGAGCCCAAGAAUUUCAAGAAAGAUGGUAAAAUAUGCCAGCUCAGGGCUCAAGAGGACAGUGAGGAUGACAACAACACCUGGAAUGGCAACUCAACACAGCAAAUGUAG